AUGUCGAACUCCGACAGUGUCGAGAUCACCACCUGGCAGCGUAUGAUUUCGGCCACCUGGGGCAGUCUAUUGACCUCCUUACUUGUAACUCCUCUCGAUGUCGUCCGUGUCCGACUACAAUCCCAACAUAUCCCCAAACCUAUGAACCUUUCUAAAUUUCCUGCAUACUCUACAUCAUUCAAGCAACUGCCACCCGACCUUGGAGUCAAUUCAUGUUGUCGGGAGGUCUUCUGGUUGGGACAUAAUGGCGAAUACUGUAUAGCUGGAGGAGGAUCGGGCGCCCAAAGCUCAUCCGCCGCUGCGGCGGACUGUGCUGUCGAAGAAACGCAGAAGAGAACUUUCAAUUCCACCCUGGACGGACUGAGGAAGAUUGCGAGGAACGAGGGCUAUCUGACUCUAUGGCGCGGCCUAUCACCGACGUUGGUAAUGGCCAUUCCGGCCAAUGUCAUCUACUUCACCGGUUACGACUGGCUCCGCUACCACCACGCGAGUCCGAUCAGGAAGGUCUCCAACGACACGUAUGCGCCCUUGGUGGCAGGCUCGAUUGCUCGGAUAGCAGCGGCAGUGGCGGUUUCACCAAUUGAGAUGUUCCGGACUCGAAUGCAAGCGACUCAUGGGAGUGCGACGGGCGUGUUCAAGGACACAAUGCUUGGACUGCACCGCAUGACGCAGACCCAUGGCUACACUUCUUUGUGGCGCGGGCUGACUUUGACCAUGUGGCGCGACGUUCCUUUUUCGGCUAUUUAUUGGUGGGGAUAUGAAGCCAUCCGGAACGAAUUGACCGAUGCCCGGGAAGCCGUGCGAGGACACAAGCUCAAUCCGGACCGUUCCAUGACCGGAGGACGAGCAGCCCAGGACCACGAAAACCACACGACGACAUUCAUCGACAGUUUCAUUGCAGGAGCAGGUUCCGGCGCAGUGGCUGCAUUUGUCACGACACCAUUUGAUGUCGGCAAAACUCGUCAGCAAGUCCACCACCACGCCGGUGACGACGCAUCCUCGCGAGCAGCCGCACGCGAAAUCGCCAAACAAGGCAAGCACAUUCCCGAAGAACUCUCGAUGCCCCGGUUCUUGUACCAUAUCCUGAAAGAAGAAGGAAUGCGAGGUCUCUUCAAGGGGUGGGCGGCACGAUGUCUCAAGGUAGCGCCUGCGUGUGCCAUCAUGAUCAGCAGUUAUGAAGUGGGCAAGAAGUGGGCGAAAAAGAUUAACGAGAAGAAAGGACGUGAACAGCAAGAGGACUGA